ACACGAAGAAGAAGGAGAAGAAGAAGGAGAGUCGCUCCCUCUUCCGGUCCGCUGCUUGUGCUAAUAGGCUAACAAGCUAGCCGUUCAGUUGAAAAGAGCGGCGUGAAAUCUGCAGCUAACAUUUUUGUCGAGCUGUAGCUACUAGGACGGACACAUCCAGCUAGGACUCUUGCCAAGAAGAUAUUCAAAAUGGGAGAUCCAUCUUUUAAUCGAGACUGUCCCCUCGACUGUAAGGUUUACGUUGGGAAUCUAGGAAACAAUGGAAAUAAGACAGAGUUAGAAAGGGCUUUUGGGUAUUAUGGCCCUUUAAGGAGCGUUUGGGUGGCCAGGAACCCCCCAGGUUUUGCUUUUGUAGAGUUUGAAGAUCCCAGAGAUGCAUCUGAUGCUGUGAGAGAGUUGGAUGGGAGAACCAUGUGCGGCUGUAGAGUGCGUGUUGAGUUAUCCACUGGAGAAAAGCGCUCCAGGAGCCGCGGCCCUCCUCCAUCUUGGAAUAGACGCCCUCGGGAUGAUAUGAGGCGACGGAGUCCAACAGCCAGGCGCAGAUCACCAAGGAAGAGGAGCCUCAGCCGCAGUCGCAGCAGGUCUCUUUCCAGAGACAAACGCAGGUAUCGCUCUCUCUCCAGGGAGAAGAACCAUAAGCGCUCAAGAUCCUUCUCACGAUCCAGGAGUCGUUCUCACUCUACUGAGAGGAAAUGAAGAUCUUGGAUUGUCCAUCUGCAGGAUCAUGCCAUGGUUGCAAAAAUCCACAUUUUUAUAGUCAUGUUUUUCUUUUUAGAUUUUACUAGUUUGCUAGCUCAAGGCAGCCAAAGAUUGGCCAAAUUACAAAUUGUGUAGUCUGUUAAAAGAUGGCAAAUUCAGAUUUUACAGUCGUUUUGUUUUGGUUUUUGCGUUCUAAUUGGUCACUUAAAAUAAAUGCAUGUUCUGGGUUUAGUUUUACAUUGACACCUUGUUUUUUAACUGUUGAAUUAAAGUUUGUACAAUGUUGUUUUUGUUUGUUUGGUUUUUCUUUUAUUGGCUUUGUUUGUUUUUUUUUUUGUUGUUUUUUUGUUUUUCCUGUUGACUCUGAAUUUCUUUGAAUGGUCCCGAUGAGAUGGAGUAGAGGGAAUGUACUUUAUACUAGUGAAAGAAAGCCGACUCUCAACAAAGGUUGUAAAUAUGGGUGCUGUUAUGUGUGGGCUUAUCCCUAAAACAUCCUCUGUAAUUCUGUAUUUUACCUACUGUAUGUUUAAUUUUGCAGCUUGUUUCUUCUACUUUGCUUGAUUCUGACAAAAUGUGCCGAUGCAGUUCAACUGUUAAAUAAAUGUUUUUCCAAGGUGA